AUGGCUAGGUUCUUGGCUACUUCUACAGCAUGUCCUUUACUUUGUCCCGCAAAACCAACAAGGAGUGUGAAGAUGAUGUGCAGUUUACAACCAUCACCAGUUCUAAGAAUCCAGAGCUUCUCAGGGCUAAGGGCUUCCAAUGCAUUGGAUCUUACGGCAAGGCCUGUUCAAGGUUUCGUUUCUAAGGUUAACCGCUCGAUCUCAUCCAAGAAAGGAAGAGCUAGCCGAUGUGUAACAAAAGCCAUGGUUGAGCGGUUUACCGUGGGAGCAAUCAAGGUCCUAACGCUGUCUCAAGAGGAAGCUCGGAGAGUUGGCCAUAACUUUGUUGGGACUGAGAAAAUACUGGUUGCUCUGAUUAUGGAAGAGACUGGAAUCGCUGCGAAGGUUUUGGAAUCCAUGGGGAUCGAUCUUGAAUAUUGCCGUGAAGAGGUGGAGAAGAUCAUUGGAAGAGGUAGUGGAAUUGUGGCAGAGGAUAUCCCAUUUACUCCUCGUGCAAAGCUAGUCCUGAAGUUAUCGGUAGAGGAAGCUCGACAGCUAGGGCAUAACUAUAUUGGGACAGAACAUAUUCUGCUUGGUCUUCUUUCUGAAGGGGAAGGUGUUGCAGCUCGUGCCUUGGAGAAUAUUGGUGUAGAUCCUACUUACACAUGGGAUCUGGUAUUACGUAUGAUCGAGGAAAAGAACAAGAAUUCGGGGAAUCAAGACGACCAAACAGAAAAUGACGAUUGGAUAUAUUAA